CUGUCGGGAACAAGGUAAGCGUUGCUGGUACCGGCUCCGUAGAUCAAACAAUGACGAACUACUCUAAUGCUCACAUCGUUUUGCAAACUAUUCGUGUUAAAAUAAACAACGGAAAUGAUUCGAAAGAAAUUCGGGCUUUAAUUGAUAGUGGUUCGCAAAAAUCAUAUAUUUUGAAGGCAACUGCGUCACAGUUGAAACUUGUACCGAUACGACAUGAAAAAAUGAUUCAUUCGUUGUUUGGAGGAAAUAAUACCGCUGAACUAGAACACAAAUGUUAUAAUAUCAAACUGGAGACGGAGGAUACACAAUAUUGUUUAGAAGUUCUAGACCAAGAAAGAAUUUGUAAUGAUGUCACGCCCAUACCCACGGGUCCUUGGAUUGCUGAAUUGACCGAUGUAAGCAUCAAAAUAAAUGACGUCGGUAAUUCCGCUCCCAUCGAACUUCUAAUUGGAGCGGAUGUCUUGGGAAAGAUAUAUACGGGGCGAAAGCAUACUUUGGGUUGUGGUCUGGUUGCUAUGGAAACAGUCUUUGGGUGGACACUGAUGGGGAAGAUUCCACAAAAACAACGAAGCAAUACAAGCUCUAUGAUUGUUAUAUCCCUGUUUUCACAAGACAUGUCUUUAACAAACUUAUGGGAAAUCGACGUAUUAGGUAUUUCGGAACCGUCGGUUAAAAAAUCUCGUGAUGAAGCGGCACGAGCAGCGAAAGAUUUCUUUCUAGAAACUGUUGGGAAGGAUCGGGAAGGUCGAUACGAGGUUCGCCUACCAUGGUUGGAGGGGCAUCCACCUUUACCUAAUAAUUACUCCUUGGCGAAGAAAAGAUUAAACUCGACGGUGCAAAAACUAAAAAGAGAUGGAAUAUUCGAGUCCCUGACUGAAGUCUUCGAAGAGUGGGUUGCGGAAGGCAUAAUAGAAGAGGUUCCCAUUUCUGAAGUCGAGUGUGCUUCCCAUUAUUUACCCCACAGACCUGUUAUCAAAGAGGGAAGUACAACGAGGAUCAGACCUGUGUUCGACGCCUCUGCAAGAGAAAAAGGCAAUCCCUCAUUAAAUCAUUGUUUGGAAAAGGGGCCUAACCUUAUUGAAUUAAUCCCGUCCAUUUUGGUGAGAUUUAGAGAACAUAAAAUAGGAGUAGUUUCUGAUAUUCGGAAGGCAUUUUUACAAAUAAGCAUUCACGAAAAAGACAGAAACUUUUUACGCUUUUUAUGGGUAAAUUCAGAAGGAAAAGAAGUGGUAUUUCGUCAUCGAAGAGUGGUCUUCGGGGUCAACAGCAGUCCUUUCCUCCUAGGUGCGACAAUAGACCAUCACCUGUCUGAAGGUUUGAAACAAUACUCGGAAGAAAACUCUGUAUGUUCCGUGUCGACACUUAAAAAGUUAUAAAAAAGUUUUUUAUGUUGACAAUUGUGUCACGAGCGUUCCUAGUGAUACAGAUUUAACAACAUUUAUUCACGAAUCCACAGUCUUCCUUAGUCAAGCCAAAUUCGAAUUGAGAGGGUGAGAGUUCACUCGAAAGGAUAGUUGUGACGAGCCAUGUGAAUCAAUCCCAGUGCUUGGACUAGUAUGGGACCCGAAAAGCGACUCGCUUUCUAUUCGAAAAGAAAACGUCCAAGAUGUUUCAGAUAUAAUACCUGUUACAAAAAGAAAGAUUUUGUCUUUAGCACAGCAAAUUUUUGAUCCGAUUGGAUUUACAUGCCCGGUCGCGUUGUGUCCCAAAUUAUUGCUUCAAAGGACCUGGGAGCAAAAAGCAGGAUGGGAUGUGCCAGUUGAUAAAGAAUUGGAAGAAGCUUUUUUUAAAAUGGGUCUCGGAUCUGCCCUAUCUGUACGAAAUAAAGAUAAACCGAUGGACAAAUAUUUUACCUAAUAACAAUGGUGACUGCAGUGUUCAUACAGUUUGUGACGCAAGCAAGGACGCCUAUGCUGCUGUGGUAUUUUUGAGGAUUGUUCGAGACGAAAACGUUUUCAUUCAUCUGUUAGCAGCCAAAACGAGGGUAGCACCUUUAAAAAGGCUAACCAUACCGCGACUGGAAUUGUUGGCUGCAACAAUAGGUGCGAGAUUAUAUACCUCAGUUAGAGAAAACUUAAACUGUGAA